AUGGACAGUGAUGAAGGCGAAGAGCAGCAAGAGGAACUUGUAGAAGAAUUACCCCAAAUAACGGAGCCUUUUAUAAGUGCACUCAGUGCCCUUGAAGAACACCCCUCGUCACAAGUCAGCGGGGAUACCAACCUUAAACAACCCAGAACCUUGUCAACCAUCGAUGAUGUCCUUGUUGGUAAGACCCAACCAGAACCGGAAGAAGAAUUAGAGGAUAAUUUCGAAUAUGAUGACGCGGAAGAAGCUGAAGAACCAGUACUGGAGGAAAUGGAGGAGGUGGAGGAAGUGACAUCAGCUCAGCAAAGUGUUCCGGAUACUAUAGAUACUCUAGAAACUCUAGAUUCUUUAGAAACUUUAGAAACUCUGGGCGAGGAUAAGGAGAAUAGCCCGAGUAAAGAAAACGAGAGAUAUGUCCGACAAGUUGUGUCGCAAUUACCGAUCUCAAAGAUAAAACGGAUCAUGAAGAUGGACCCUGAAACUAAGCUUAUUCAGAAUGACAGUGUCCUGUUAGUAGCCUUCGCAACUGAGCUGUUUAUCAAGGCUUUAUCUACUGCCUCAGCCAGAGUUGCCGUCAAAAACAAACGAAAAACGAUAAAAAAGGAAGAUAUUGAAACCUGUGUACGAAACUUGGACUACUUCGAAUUUCUCGAAGAUAUGUUGUAAUUGCCUAUAGAAGGCUGUGAUGUACUUCCCAGAUCGAUUUAGGUCAGAUUCGAUAUCAGAUCGUUGUUUUUUAUGUUCCAACAUUUUAAAAUUCAGACUUGCACUUGCACUGUGUCAUUUCCAUAAACGAAAACGGACAGAGAAUAAAAAUUCGUUAUUGAAUUAUUUGUAUUUAUUCAUGUUAAAACUUUAUAAAGUUUUAACAUGAAUAAAUACAAAUAAUAUAUAUACAUUUUUAUUUAAGUCUCGCACCCUUGCAUGAAUUAAGUUCUAACUAAAGCUCUAUAUAAUAAGCUUCAGGCUAGUUUUCAUCCCA